AUGGCCGAUUCUGUCCUCCUCCUCGAGCAGCUGGACCACCUUCGCUCGCUGCUCUCCCCAGCCGAAAUCAUUGAGCCGUCGUCAGCGGCACUGUACGAAUCCCAUACAUCAACCUGGGCGGCACAGAAGAACUUUCAUCCACGUCUCGUCGUCCGGCCGAGGUCGACGCAAUCUCUCUCAGAGGUCUUGCGGUACCUAUCGACCUCGGACCUGGACAUGGCCGUCCGCAGCUCUGGGUACGGCUCGGCCUCGGCCCGCGACGUGGUCGUCAGUAUGGAAUGCUUCGACGAGUUCGAUUUUGAUGCCGAGAAGCAGAUUGUGACGCUGGGCGCGGGACAACUCUGGCGGGAUUACUACGACAAGAUGGACAGGGUGGCGCCAGAUCAUCACGUGGUCGCUGCACGAACCCCGGCCUUGGGGAUCGGGGGCAGCAUCCUCUCCGGGGGCUUCUCGUGGCUGGCCCGGCAGUACGGCAACACAUCCGACCCCGACAACAUGCUCGACGCCGAGGUGGUCAAGCUGGACGGGACGAUCCUGUGGGCGUCGCAGGAACGAGAUCUAUUGUGGGCAUUGCGCGGUGCUGGGGCGAGUUUCUGCACGGUCACCAAGUUCAAACUCCGCGCCUACCCCUGUUCCCAGGACAUAUACGCCGGGCCUAUCAUCGUCCCGCGCCGGGAGCUCGCUCUGGUCGUACAGGGCAUCGCGGCCAUGAACGAGCGCGCGGAGACACUGGCUCCCCAGGUAUCAAUGGACUUGUACAUGGUGAGGAAGGAACAGGGGGCUCAUAUGGGCGCCACGGAAGAUCUGCUGAUCGUCCAAGCCUUCGACGCCCUGGGCCUGGAGCACGGCCGGUCUGAGAAAGCAUUCAAAUGGGCGCUGGAGAUCCCCGGAGCUGUGGACAUGACGCGAGUCACCAACCUGCGCGGCGUCUCCGAGAUGCACGAACAAGUCACCUCGCUCAAAGGCCGGUUCAAGACAUUUUGGCAACCCCUGACCGUGCCGACGCUCACAGAGGAGACCAUCCUUAACGCCGUGAGCUGGUUCGACCGCGUGGGCGCGGCCGGCGGCUCGAUCGCCAACAGCGUGCAACUCGUCUUCGAGUGUCUCUGCACGCGGGACUCCUCGAGCGGGCCCUCGAGCUCAUCAUCCUGGCCACGACCACGCGGGAUGAAGAACACCAUCAUCUGCGCGGCGGGGUGUGACGCCUCCUCAGAAGAAACUUCUGACGAUACAGACGAACUCGCAACCGCGCGUCAACUCUGCCUCGACGCUCCCGGCAUGAUUCUGCAUCACGGGGGCUUGGAGACCGUACGAUACGCGCCGAAUGGGCUGGAGGAGUACCACGACCUGAAGAGCGUCUUCGCCGAACACCUCCCGAAACUCCUCGCGCUGAAGAAGCUGUACGAUCCGCGAAACAAGUUGAAGGGGCCGAUCAAUCUGGCAGAAGGGCAGCCCUAG